UGAAAUUUGCAUCAUGUUUAUGAUAGCUGAACAUUUUUCUGUUUUGUUUUUCAGCAAAUACAGCGUCUAAGUCGUUCUUUGUGUGCGUGGUGUUGUUUGUUUUUGCUCUCUUCACAAAUAUUCGCUGUUGACUAACGCUAUUUUGAUCAUUCAGUUAUGUCUAAGUCAACGACGUGGGAGCCGAAAGAACCCGAGCAGAAAAAGCUUCCGAUUUACAAACACAAAGACAAACUGGUUCAGGCUGUCAGAGAUAACACUUUCCUGAUUGUUACCGGAGAGACUGGCAGCGGGAAAACCACGCAGCUCCCACAGUUCUUACAUCAGGCAGGAUUUUGUAAGGAUGGCAAAAUUGGCAUCACCCAGCCUCGCAGAGUGGCGGCUAUCGCUGUGGCCCAGAGGGUAGCCCAGGAGAUGCAUUACAGUCUUGGCAGAGAAGUUGGCUACCAAGUCCGUUUUGAUGACUGCACAUCACAGGAUACAGCGGUGAAGUACAUGACAGAUGGAUGUUUGCUCAGAGAGAUCCUUGCAGAUCCUGAACUGUCACAGUACAGCAUUAUCAUUCUGGAUGAGGUCCAUGAACGAAGCCUCAACACAGAUAUUCUGCUGGGUUUAUUGAAAAAAAAAUUUUCCAACCCUGCUAAAAGAGCAGAGUGCCGAUCUCCACCGCUCAAGGUGGUAGUGAUGUCAGCUACCUUGGAAACGGAAAAGCUUUCAGACUUCCUAUAUGACUGUCCUGUCUUCACUAUUCCUGGAAGGACUUUUCCGGUCACUUGCGAGUUUGGCUUGACUGUAGGACCUAAAGACAAAGAAAGCUCCAUUUAUGUUAAAGAGGUUGUAAGAAUGGCCUUAGAUGUCCACACUAGUGAAAUGGCUGGAGAUAUUCUAGUGUUUUUGACAGGUCAGUCAGAAAUUGAGCAUGCCUGUGACAUGCUGUUUGAAAAAGCUGAGUCGAUAGACUACCGAUAUGAUGUUCACGACCAGUCAGUGGAGGGUCUUCUUAUUCUGCCCCUGUAUGGCUCCAUGCCCACUGAGCAACAGAGACAGAUCUUUCAAGCGCCCCCUCCAGGAAUCCGCAAGUGCGUGGUGGCUACUAAUAUUGCAGCAACAUCUCUGACAAUCAGUGGCAUUAAGUACAUCGUAGACAGUGGAUAUGUGAAACAGCUCAGUCACAACUCGAGGGUGGGCAUGGAUGUCUUGGAGGUGGUGCCGAUUUCAAAGAGUGAAGCCCAGCAGAGAGCAGGCAGAGCUGGAAGAACCUCAGCUGGGAAAUGCUUUAGAAUCUAUACCAAAGAAUUCUGGGAAAAAUGUAUGCCUGAAUAUACAAUUCCAGAGAUCCAGAGGACAAGUUUAACUGCAGUUAUACUUACACUGAAGUGCCUGGGGGUCCAUGAUGUCAUUAGGUUCCCUUACCUGGACUGUCCAGAGGAGCGGUUUAUUCUAGAAGCACUAAAACAGCUUUACCAAUUUGAUGCCAUUGACAGGCGAGGUAGAGUGACCCAGCUGGGGCACUUGAUGGUGGAGUUCCCAUUAAACCCAGGCCUUACCAGGGCCGUGCUUAAAGCCGCGUCGUACGACUACUCAGAUCUGCUGCUGCCCGUGGCUGCCAUGCUAUCUGUAGAAAACAUCUUUAUCCGCCCAGGAUUUCCAGAGAAGCAGAAAGAGGCUGAUAAGAGGCACAGAGCACUGGCUGCAAAAUGUGGCGGUUUAAAUGACUUUGCCACACUUAUGUGUGUGUUUCAGCAAUGUAAAUCCAGUGAUCAACCCUCAGCAUGGUGUAAAGAUAAUUGGAUCCACUGGAGGGCGCUGAAGUCGGCUUUCAGUGUGGAGACUCAGCUGCGGGAAAUCCUUCUCCGGCUGCAACAGAAGAGAGAUUUCCCUGUGGAAACAUUUGAUGGAAAAAAGAAUGAACUCUUCAGACGAUGCCUGUGCACAGGAUACUUCAGCAAUGUUGCCAGGAGGUCUGUUGGAAAGGUAUUUUGCACGAUGGAUGGUCAUGGGUCCAUGGUUCAUGUUCAUCCUUCAUCAUCGUUGUUUGACCAGGAAAUGGAACUAGACUGGGUUGUUUUCCAUGAUGUGCUGGUGACAUCACGGGUCUAUAUCAGGACAGUGUGUCCUAUUCGUUAUGAGUGGGUGAAGGACCUCCUACCUAAACUCCAUGAAGUGGAUGUCUAUGAACUCAGCAGCGUGGCACGAGAAGAGGUGACGGAGGAGGAGGUGACCAAAUGGGAGAACAGAGACGCGGCCAAAAGACGUUCAGAUGUUCGUAAAGAGGAUGUGACGAAGAAGCUGGAGAAGCGGAACAACGAAACCACUGUCAAUGAUGCUCGUGCUCGCUACCUCCAGAGAAAGCAACAGCGACAACAAAGUAAAACAAUAUGAGAGAAAGCCCCUUAUUUUGUGAUGACACUGUUCAUAUACUUUACUCCAAAACAGCACAUUUUAAAAUCCCAUCUGAAUAAAAAGAACCUUUUAUAUGUGGAACAGUA